AUGGUCGAAGCAGAGGAGUCCUACGACGUGAUCAUCAUUGGAGGAGGAAUCGCUGGGCUGAGUUGCGCGGUGUCGCUGCUGCGGCACUUCGCGACAGGACCUUCAGGACCGGUCUCGAUUGCGCUGGUGGAAUGGCAAGAACGGCUGGGAGGAAGACUCUACAGUUGCAAGGUGGGCGAUGUGGAAGCAGAUGCAGGUGCUGCAUGGGUUCAUGGAGUAGAUGGCAAUCCGCUGAUCGAAGAUGGUUGGAUUGGACCGGAGGACCUCGUGCCCAGCAGCGCUCAGAACAUCUGGUUGCACGGUCCUGCUGAGACCGAUAGCUGCAGCUUCAAAGCUUCGGAGGAGGAUGAGACCUGGGAACGUCGUCUGGCCGUGGUGGGCGCAGCUGCGUCGAUGGCUCAGGGCGGCAGGUCCCUGCAGGAUGGUCUGCUUGAAACGGAGCCCAUCAUGGGACCUUUGGCUCAUGCUGAACGGAGAAGGCUCCGAAUGCUGGAGGGGUGGUUUGGAAUGUCCGCAGAUCGGAUCGGCUUGUUGGAAUGGGACGGCGAGCAUGGCUCCAUGGGCGACUACCCUGGUGCGCACGCUGUACUCAAAGGCGGCAUGCGGAUCUUGGUUGAGCGCUUGGCGAAUGAAGCCCAAAGACUUGGCUUGAAGGUCGUCCUGGGCCAAGAGGUCUGUGCCGUGGAAGAAGUUCGCGAUGAGGUCCGAAUCCACUGCCACCAGCGAUGCUUCAGAGCCCAAUGGGCGGUGGUCACCGUGUCCUUAGGAGUGUUGCAGUCUCGUCCAAGCUUUUUGCAGUUGCCUGAAAAGCCACUUCAGCGGCUGGAAAUGUGCCACUACAACAAGCUCUUGCUGAAUGUCUCCGAAUCCGCCGCAGCGCGAUUUCCUGUCUUUACAGAUCUAGUGUCCCAUCAUUUCUGGCAACUUUUCAACUACUGGCCGCUCACCGGAAAGCCGUUGCUGUCUUUGGCGACGCUUUCAGCAGAAGCAGAGAAGCUGACAGAUGAAGAGGCACUGGAGGCAGCUUGCGGUCUGUUGACCUUGGCCAAGCACGAGAUCCGGGCCUCGCACUUCACGCGCUGGGGACGCGUACCUUGGGCCUGCGGCUCCUAUUCGGUCAGCAGCAAAGAUGCAGAAUGGGAUGACAUUCGGGCGCUUCUGCUUGCCACGGAAGAAGGGAGGAUCAAAGUGGCAGGGGAGCACACGCACGAAGAACAUCAGGGCGGCUUUCAUGCAGCAUACCUGUCUGGAAAGCGAGCAGCGCAAGAAGUUUGGGAAGGUUUCCAAGCUGUAGCCUGA